AUGUCGACACCAUCUUCAACCACAUCAUCGGUGCCGACAUCAGUUGUUUCCACUGAACCAGCUGAUUCGAUUUUCAAUUCACAAGGUGGAGAUAUUCAAUCUGGAGAACAAUCAUGGUGGAAAAGGUUGGUUUUUGUGUGAUAUUUUCUGGAAAAAAAAUCUGCUUCUGGAUUUAUCUGAAAAACUUAUUAUUCACAGAUUUUCCCGAAUAACUAAACUUCUUUUGUAAUUUUGAGAAUUUAGAAAAAUAAUAUAGAAAAAUUGCAACUUAUUUUAAUUUUUUCUCAAAUUGUAUCAGAGUUCCAAAUAAAAAAAAAGUUCUCAUAAGCUGAAAAAAGGUCAAAAAUAUAGAAUUUGAUCAUUGACACUAUAAAAACUUUCCGGAUUCUCCAUGGAAUUUCUCCUGCAGUUAAAAAAAUAUUGAUUUUUUAAAGUUUCGAAAAAAAGGCCGAUGUUUUCAGAAAAUCAAAAUCUUUAAAAUUUGUCGGUUCAAAAAAUCCGAAAAUGGGCCAUUUCCAUUUCUCGAUUUCACAUUUCCAGCCAAGAUUCUAGCAGAUAAUAUUUGCACUAAAAAUUUUCUAACAAAAAACAACAGGACCCUUCGAAAGUUUACUGUAGUUUUUUUUGAAAUUAUUAUAUAUUGAUGCAUUCUGCAAGAACUUUUAAAUUCGAAGAGAUUUGGUGGAAAAAUUCGUAGUUGUUAUUUUUUGGAUCUCAACUCUCAAAAUAUUUCAGAUCAAUGAUAAACUCAGAUAACAAAGUGUUAUUUGGAACAUGGGAUGGAGUAUUCGCAACAGUUAUGACAAAUAUAUUCGGAAUCAUUGUAUUUCUUCGACUUGGUUGGAUUGUUGGAACAGCUGGUGUUGCGAAUUCAAUACUUUUACUUGGAAUUUGUACUUCUCUUGCACUGAUCACUGUUUUCUCAGCAAUUGGAAUUGUUGAAAGAUGUCAAAUCCGAAGUGGUGGAAUAUUUUUCCUUGUUUCUCAUGUUCUUGGACAUCAAAUUGGUGGAGCUGUUGGAUUGAUUUAUGCAUUUGGACAAGCUGUUGCGACUGGAUUAGUUGCUGUUGGAUUUGGAGAAUCUGUUGCUCAUCUUUUUGAUUCUGAAAGUCGACUUCUUAUUAAAUUUAUUGCUAUUCUAACUCUUAUAUCUCUAACAGGUAAAUGUCCAUUAUUUUUUUCAAACAUAAUUUUUUUUCAAAAUCAUUUUUAGCUGUUAACACUGCUGGAGUUACUUGGGUUGUCCGACUUCAAAUUGUUCUUUUAUUCACAAUUGCUCUUGCUGUCACUGAUUUUCUUUUUGGUGCUCUUUUCACAUCAGAUCCUGGUUUGUUUGUUCGAUUUACAUCUAUGAAAUGAAAUUGCAUUUAUUUAGAAUCUGGAAUUAAUCGUUUUUCAUCUGCUCGAAUUCGUCUCAAUGCUGAACCCCAUUAUGAAUCUGUCAAUUGUUCUGUUGUUGGAAUUCCUCGAAUUAUUCCGGAACAAUCAUUCUUCACAGUAUUUGGUGUUUUCUUUGCCAAUUUCUUGGGUGUUCUGGCUGGUGUAAAUAUGAGUGGAGAUUUGAAAACUCCUCAUAAAAGUAUACCAUUGGGUGAAUUAUCGGCUGUUGGUGUCAGUUCAACAAUCUGUUUCAUUUUUAUAAUGAUUCUUGGCGGCGUUGGAAAUCGUAUGUCUUUGUUAUGUGAUACAAUGAUAUCUGAAAAAGUUGCUUUGACUGGAAUUGUUUUCCUUGUUGGAUUAUAUGUUUGUUCACUCUCUUCAACUGUUGGAUCACUUCUUGGAACUCCUCGAGUUUUACAAGGAAUUGCUGCCGAAGGAAUAGUUCCUUGUUUGAAUUUAUUGGCUCAAGGAAGCGGACCAAAUGAUAAUCCAAUUCUUGCCGGAUAUCUUCUGAUGGGUGUAGCAUCUGUUUUCGUUCUGUUGGGUGAUUUGAAUCAACUUGCAAUCCUUUCAACAAUGCCUUUCCUUAUUACUUAUGCAUACGUUAAUUAUGCCUACGUUUCACUAGCAAUGAGUUAUGAUUUGCAAACAGUUCAAGAAGCUGCGGAGUCAGAAGUAACAGGAUAUGGAUCAACUUCGAAAAUGAGUGAACUGAAUGAUCUUUUCCCGGAGAGAAAAGAAACUAGUACUACUGAGAACGGAAUUGUUGGACAGGAACCGACUUGGUAUGCCAUGUUUAGUAACAGAUAUAUUGCAUUUGUAGGAGUAAGUAUCAAUGUUUGAUUUUAAAAAAUUAAAUUACAUCAUUUUCAGUUUUUGGUUAAUCUGGCUAUAAUUUUACUGAUUCAUUGGUGGUUUGCAGUCGUUCACUUCGCUGCUUUCAUCGCACUUUAUGUAUAUAUUGGAAAAGCAUGUCCAACUUGUGGACCUGGAAUUUCUACUUUCUCACUUUGCCAUAUGUUCAAAACGGCUUUCUCUUCUUUAGAAACUUUUAGACUAGGAACUACUACAGUUCUCCCACAGGUAAAUUUCAAAUAUCUGAAUUUUCGAACAAUAUCUCUCCCUAAUGAAAGUCUGAAUUUCAGACCAACAUGGCUACUGAUGUUUCAACUUCACAAAUAUCGGAUGUCAAUCAAGAUUACCAAGAUCGAAGACAAUACCAUCAUGCGGAAAACGUCACACAUCAACUAGAUUAA